CUUUUAUUUUGUUUGUAACCUGAACUGUACUUGUAUGAUGUAGGGACCACUCGUUCGAUGGCUGAAAGUAAACUUCAGUGAAGCCUUCAUCGCUUGGAUCCAUAUCAAAGCACAGAGGGUCUUUGUGGAAUCUGUUCUAAGUUGUAGGAAAUGUGGUGUCCCUUCAGAUAUGGGCUCCCAGUGAACUUCCAGGCCAUGUUUUUUCAGCCAUACAAGAAAACUACAAAAAAGUUGAGGGAGGUACUUAAUGAUCUAUACAAACAUCUGGACAGCAAUGCAACAGCAAUCAUUGAUGUGAGUGCUUUGGAUAUGAAUUUUACAGUUUUUACUGCUCAUUUCAGUUUCACUUUAUCAAGGAAAACAAGUACAAAUAUGAGAUACUGAUGUGAAGUUAUGAGCAUUUUUAGCCAAACCAACCAACCCAGGGUUGUUUGGCUAGUCUAGAUUUCUAAUCACCAACAGCCAACCUCUGUUAAUAACUCUUAUUAAGAGCAUUAUAAGAAACAAAAGCUACAUUAAUUGCUCAAUUGUGCAUACCUCCUCUGAUUUCUCAAAAUGCCAUUUUAGUGAAAUUAUCUUGAGGGUUGGAUUUCUGGGUGUUUCCGUAUAUUGACAAUGUAAUUGCAGCCUUUGGUUGUCUUACCACAAUUUUUGCAUCUCGUGCACUGAAAGAAAGAAAUGACAAAGACGCCCAGUGUACACAUGCUGGGUGAUCGUCUAGCCCACAAUGAAGGGGAAACUUUGUGGUUUGGAGGUUUGGUGCAGAAUAAAUAGUUUGUGAGAGGAGUCAUUAAACUUUUCCAGAGAUCCAUUUCCAUAGACAAUCCAUAGAAGUUUGUCAUGUAGGAAAGGAGAGGCACAGUCACUGAUGCACUUUGCAGAUGUUUACUGAAUGCCGGGAGAUCAAUAAUCAUAAACAAAUAGCACACUUGAUCCCAGAGUUGCUGUUAGCCACAGCUCACUCCCAAUCUCACCAGCAGAUUCGCUGAUGUCACACGCCACCACACCCAGCCCCACCUCUUAAACACAGACUAUUUAUAGUAUUGCUUUAAUAUUUUACGCUUGGUUAAAAAAAAAAGUUUGAAAAAUGUUUGUAAUACUGCACGUUUAAGUGGUUGUUUUUUAAAUGUGUACUCAAAGCGUGUGGGAGGAGUAAAGGGGGGGGGUCUAUGUGUUGUUGGAGGACGCUUUUUUCCUCGCCGCGUGUUAGUUUAAUUUCGGGGAGUGAGAAUGUUGGUUAUCCAAAUACAGGCUGGAGACGAACCGUUUCUUCGAAGCUUUUACUUACAGAAUAUUCUGGGCACAAAUGAGUGACAGACAAUGGCUGUAGCAGAUCAGAAGUGCAAAGAUACAGAGGACUUACACCAUUCCCCUACUAUUCAGCAGGGUCCGCAUCACAAAUGUAUAAAAGGAAAAUAAAGAGCAUCACAAAUAAAGAGCAUCACAAACGAUCUUCAUCAUAAUGACUAAGCUGGUAGUAACUGGCACAAUCCUAUGCCCUGGUCUCUUCAGUAAGGUUAACUGAUGAUUUGGCAUGUGUGAGCAAAAGAUACGCAUCAAUAAAGAGAUACACUUCAAUAAAAAGAUACACAUCAAUAAUAAGAUACACAUCAAUAAUAAAAGAGAUACACAUCGAUAAUACACUUCAAUCCCCCUUUCGGACUCAAAAGAGUCGAACACCUGAAAUAAACAGAAUUAAAGGAAAAUUCCAGCCGCGUCAUCGUCUGGAGCGUGUGGUACAACGGACGAGCCUGAAGGAGGAAGCAAUUCAGCCAUCAUAUACGGUGGAGGAACAUAAAUGUCCUUUUUCUCAAUGGCGGCAGAAAUCAAAUCGCUGACACAAGGAUCGAACACAAGGAAUACAACAACAACCACACAAAGUCAAGAGAGCUGAAAAAAACAGCAACGGAGAUAAGAACCGAAGUUACCAAGGCCUUGUACUUCCCGAAGACACUAAGAGCAUUAUCCCAUAAAGAGGUGUCUCUCGCUUUCAUUUCCACAACUUUCUCAGCAUUCUCUCUCACCUUUCUACCUUUUGGAGACAACCUGUUAUUUUUUCCACUUCCAAUUUGAGAGCUGCCGCUCUUUUAGCACAAGCUUUUUCUGUUUCCCUCAUUAAUGUCACCAAACGCACUGUUGAAGACAUUAGAGGAAACCAUCCAUUCUCACAACAUUUCCUCAUCCACUCUUUCCACUGUUCUCAUUCUCUCGUUCCUUUUCAGCCAAUUCUCCAACACACACAUCACAUUCAUUUCUCACUUGUUUACUUUGCACCACUUGUUCAGAAUGGUUUGGUAUUUGGCGCAAAUCGAACCACUCACUUUCCCUGUCAAACUCUCGAACCACUCACUUUCCCUGUCAAACUCUCCCUGCAUUUUGGUUUAAAUUCUUUUAUCAAAAGUGGCCGAACCUCUUUGAUUUUUUUUCUCAAAAGUACUCUUAAAAUCUCAUUUUAUUUGAGGAAUUCUAGUUUCUAGAAUUCUUGAAAGAAUGAAACAACCUAUUCUAAAAUAAAAUUACAAUUGCACAAUUCACUGUUCAUCCGGGUAAUUCUUCUCAACUUCUGUUCAUCCGGGUAUUUCUUCUCAACAUUUUAUAGUGCACACUUUGUCCUUUGAUUUUGAAUGAGGAAUUCUAGUCUCGAGGAUUCUUCGAAAAGAACGAGACAACCUCUCGGUUCAGAAAGUUUUGGACUGGCUUCAAACCCAAUGGUCUGUCUGCCAGUCACGGGAUUUACAACCUUUUUGUGUCGGCACAACCUCCGAUCACAGGGCAGUUCUAAACCCUUUUUAGAGUGGUACGCCCACACACUCUACGGCUUUUCAACCAUUUAGGUGGGACGCGACGGUGUCCCACCAGGGCCUCUAACCCAGGACUACACCACCCACAAUUUCCCCACUGUUCAACCACCCAGAAACUAAUUUCACACUGACACAAAUUCAAACGUGACACGGACCUCAACACCAGUUAACAAACAGAAGAUCACUUUUGGAGGAUAAAUGUCCUCUCACUUUGUCAAUUGUUGGCUGGCCGAUGUUGUCUGUCAACCAACACCUCAGUCCGAAAUCACGUCGGGGUCACCAAUUGUUGGAGGACGCUUUUUUCCUCCCCGCGUGUUCGUUUAAUUUCGAGUAGUGAGAAUGUUGGUUAUCCAAAUACAGGCUGGAGAUGAUGAACAGUUUCUUCGAAGCUUUUACUUACAGAAUAUUCUGGGCACAAAUGAGUGACAGACAAUGGCUGUAGCAGAUCAGAAGUGCAAAGAUACAGAGCACUUGCAGCAUUCCCCUACUAUUCACCAGGGUCCGCAUUACAAACGUAUGAAAGGAAAAUAAAGAGCAUCACAAGAGAACCGCAUCAUAAAAUAAGAGCAUCACAAACUAUCUUCAUCAUAAUGACUAAGCUGGUAAUAACUGGCACAAUCCUAUGCCCUGGUCUCUCCAGUAAGGUUUACUGAUGAUUUGGGAUGUGUGAGCAAAAGAUACGCAUCAAUAAAGAGAUACACAACAAUAAAAAGAUACACAUCAAUAAUAAAAGAGAUACACAUUGAUAAUACACUUCAGUGUCCAGUUUGUACAGCAGAAACAUUUCAAGACAAGUUUUUUAAACAACAGCACACCCACUGUGCUGCCCCCGUUUAUUCAUGCCAUGUACCCCAGCACCUCGUCUUUAUUGACUUUAAUUUAGACAGUUCUCCCAGUUUUUCCCCAUGCAUUAGUAGCACAUGUAAAGUCCUAUUCAGCUGCCGUCUUAUCCCAAAAGUAUAUGAAGUUUGUUUUCAAAGCGAGACAUAGGCAUUUUUUUCAGAUUUACGAAACUCGCGCCAAAAUUAUCCAUUCGGAGCUGGAUAAUUUUGGCGCGAGUUUCGUAAAUCUGAAAAAAAUGCCUAUGUCUUGUUUUGAAAACAAACUCUUCAUAUACUAUUUUGGAAAAGCAUGUACUCUCUACUUUGCGGUUGUAUUCAACCAGCUGUAUGAGUGAGGCAACUGAGUUAGUUGCUAAUAUUUGCUUACAGGUAGUUAGACUCCAAAAGUAUUCGAAUAGGGAAAUUUGUAUUUGUAGGCUGAAAACAUUUGGCUUUGAUAUCAGAAAAUGGUGUUGGAAUUGCUAGAAAACGUUUAUUUUAAUCAGUUGUCAUAUUUAGUUGAAAAUCCUUUGCUUGCAAUAAAUGCAUUAAGUAAGCCUAUUGACAAGUUUGGUGGCAAACUUUUAAAAUGCUUUUCAGGGCUCUAACCACAGACUCUUUUAGUUGUUGUUUGUUUAGAGAGCUGAUGUUUCCCAUUUGCCUAUUUAAGCAGGUAAAAUGCGUGCUCUAUACUGGGUAAGUGUGGAGAUCAACUUGACCUGUCCAAAACCUUGCAUCUUUGCUUUACUUAGCAUAUAAAAUGCGUCUGGAGACCAGGGGUGGAGCUACGAGAUGGCCUGGGGUACCCCAGACACAAAGCUGGCAACCCUCACCUUCAGAGGCGGGCACUCCACUGACGGGCUCGGCCAUCUUGCUGAUGGUUGCGGACACCCCAAGAAUGCCUCAAUGUGUUCAGGUUGAAGAUAUUUUGAACAGCUCCCCCUGACCAACCAAUUGAGGGUUGGAUUUGGACACCCACCCAGAACUUUCUGCUGGAGGCUUUCGAGUCCUCUUGGCUGCUUCUCCAUCUCCCCGCCCCAUCCUAUUAGUGUGUCUUUUUCAGAAGAAACCAUACAAUCCCAAUCCAUCACAUUACAUAAAUUGAAGUUCACAGAGGAGAUUGUACUGUGUAUGUUUGGAUCAGAAUCAGACAAUUUAUCUUUCAAUUCUUAAUAUUUCCAUCACGUCUAUCUUUGUGUUAUCAGUUCUCAAAAUGACUUUGAGCCUCGUUACACUUUUCUAGAAAUUCUUCUGCAAACAUAAGGUUGCAGUACCUUCAUCCCAGCGCUCUGGAGGGUUUUGCUGAUGUCAUAAAUGAUCUUUACAGAUCUCAAAGUGUUUCUGUCAUCAACAUCCGUUCUUUCUUUCAUGGCCAAUGUUUGUGCAAUGGCUUGAUUGAUUUUUCCAUUUUUUUGGUCCCCUUAAUAACUGCUUUUGUUUCAGUUUAACAAGGUUUAUAAAGCUUUGUUAAAAAGUAAGAUUAUAUCACGUUAAUUUUAUACAGAGAUUAGAGAGUAUGAAGAAGAGGUUUCAUUAGCUUUUGCCUUUAGUGGGUCACAUGAUGUUACUGUGAUAUGUCUUCCUCAACUGAUUUUGGAAGUUAGUGAGACUGCACCAAAAGCAAGGGAAUGAAAAAGAAUACUGACAAUAUAAAAAUCUAAUGUGUACAUAAUAUAUCACUGCACAAGCCAAUAUCCUUCCAAAGGACUGGGUGGUUUCAGGAGCAGCCUGUGAAUGUCCUUGAGUGGCCGAGAUAGAGCCCAAACAUCUCUGGAAAAAAACUAAAAAUGGCUGACCACCGACGCUGUCCAUCCAACCUGGCUGACCUCGAGAGGAUCUGCACAGAAGAAUAGGGAAAAAAUUCCACAAAACAGAACGCUGCUGCCGGUGAUCGACAAGGAGGAUGUGAGAGGCUAAGCUCUCGCCACCGGGCCUCCUCCUCCUCCAUCCGGCGUUGAGAUAAUGAAAGGAUGGCUGAGCAUGGAGGCGGGCUGCAAGCACGACUGACGGAUGCUGCGAGCCAGCUCGAUGAACAUCAGGACCACGGCACGAUGACUUCCGCGGGCGACGCGCGCUCGGAUGAUCUGUCUUUGGAGGAGAUCCUGGGUUUUUACAGCCAGCCCAUCAACGAAGAGCAAGCUUGGGCCGUGUGUUACCAGUGCUGCGUGACGCUAGUGAAGGAACAGCGGGGAAGGAGAUGCUCCGAUGCCGCCGAGCCGGCGCCGACGGCCCGGGGCAGGAUAUCAGGACCGGGGGAUGUUUAUAUUGCAAAGGACGGAUCUGUGGAAUUGCACAAACCAAACUGUGAAGGUAAAUACAACCUGAGCACACAAACAGAGCAGAUGAUAGAGUCUCUGGGCAUCAUGAUCUACAAGGCUCUGGACUAUGGACUGAAAGAGAGUGAAGAGAGGGAGCUAAGUCCUCCACUGGAGCAGCUCAUUGACAUGAUGAUCAACAUUGCUGAGGCCGAAAGGGAUAUCUGCCCUGAUGAGGGCUACGAUGCAACUGAGGAAGAAAAUGACGACCCUGACAACAAUUCUAGUGUUCAUAGCUACAGAGCAAUCUUCAAGCUUUGUACGGAUCAUCUACCCAGUCAAUCGGAUGCCCCUAGUCACUACCAGGCAGUAUGUCGGGCUUUGUACACAGAGACCAGGGAAUUACGCACUUUCCUGGACAAGAUCAAGAGUGCCAAAGAGAAUCUUCGUAAAAUGGAGGAGGAGUCAGGAGAUCCCAGAAGAGACCUGAAUGAGUUACAAAGUGGCGACUGGGCUCGAUUUUGGGUUCAGGUGAUGAGAGACCUUCGAGAAGGAGUCAAGCUGAAAAAGGUGCAGGAACGUCAGUACGACCCACUGCCCACUGAGUACCAGCUUACCCCCUAUGAAAUGCUCAUGGAUGACAUCAGGUCCAAACGAUACAAACUGCGCAAAGUCAUGGUGAAUGGAGACAUCCCACCCAGGCUCAAGAAGAGUGCUCAUGAAGUCAUAUUGGAGUUCAUUCGAUCCAGACCCCCCCUUAAUCCGGUGUCUGCACGAAAACUGAAGCCACCAACUCAGCCUCCUCCCACCCUACAUGAGAGGAUCCUUGAAGAAAUUAAAUCUGAGAGGAAACUUCGUCCCGUGACACCAGAUAUUGUCCGCAGAGGAAGGCUAGGUUUUGGCAAAACUCGCAGUAUGCCACAGGACUUGUUCCGUACAGGACUAGAUGAAUUUAGUCCGUACAUGGGCAGGAGGACAUCCAGCACUUUGUCUUUGACCAUUGAACCAGCAUCUCCCAAAGCGGAAUCCUCCGGAUCUCAGUCUGUACCUCAGAGGAAGAAGCUUUUGAAGGCUCCCAGCCUUGCUGAACUCGACACCUCCGACUCUGAUGAGGAGUUUUUAGGGAACAGAUCAGCAAGUACCUCUAGUGUUGCAACAUCUCUAAUGGAUGACACAUCUCCAGAAUCAGCACUGGGAAAGAACACUCCACCACAGUUCCUGCCCAUCUCAUCGACCCCCCAGCCAGAGAGACGCCAGACCUCUCAGAGGAGACACUCGAUUGAGAAGGAAACGCCGACCAAUGUCCAACCAUUUCAGCCGCCCUCGAAACUGAAUUCAAAGUCUCUGGAAGAGUUUUGUUUCCCUGUCGAGUGUUUGUCUCUGACAGUCGAGGAGGUGAUGCACAUCAGACAGGUGUUGGUCAAAGCAGAGUUGGAGAAAUUUCAGCAAUAUAAAGAAGUCUACACCGCAAUGAAAAAGGGGAAGCUUUGCUUCUGUUGUCGGACCAAAAGAUUUUCCUUUUUCACCUGGUCCUACAUCUGCCAAUUUUGCAAAAAGCCUGUGUGUUCACAGUGUUGCAAAAAGAUGAGAUUGCCAUCCAAACCUUAUUCCAGUCUUCCCAUCUACUCUAUGGGCUCGACGAACACUCUACCCAGGGAGAGGAUACGUGGUACGACUUCUGUGGGUCAAGGAGUCCCUGUUGCUGAAGGCCGGCUGACUUUAGCUGUGGAUGGAGCGUCGGCAGCUACCACAUCAAAAUCAGGAGCUAAAAAAACUGGAAAGGCUGCUGGGGGAGUCAAAUCUGACAAGUCCGCCAGUGGUCAUAGACGACCGAGCAUCCACAAGACAAUGUCAAAGCUGUCCAAGCAUGCCUCGUUAAAGUCUCACGAACCACUCGAGCUCCCGUCAGAACUGACCGAAGACUGGGCAACCAUGGAGGUGUGCGUUGACUGCAAGAAGUUCAUCAGUGACAUCAUCGCCUCCAGCAAGCACAGCCUGUCACUGGCCACCAAGAGAGCGCGUUUAAAAUGCAAGACUCAGUCCUUGUACAUGUCCUCGCCGAAAGGAAGGGAGGAGUACCGGCCCUCGGAGCGAACCAUCAGCGAGAUCUAAACUGUCUCUGGCUGCUUCCGGCUACAGUCGGAAAUAACACAAGCAUUUUGUUGCCGUGUCCUCGUCAUGCUGUACACCUCCUCCAGAUGCUGUAAAUUUACAAUUUUAGCAUAUUAUGGAUGAGCCUUUAAUUUCCACUCAAUUACUUGAUGAAGAAGGACAACAAUCGCAAUGACCUUUCGUCCAAGUGGAAAGUUAUCCUCCUCUUUGAUGACUCGCUAGUGUUGUCCUGACACCCAAAUAAGCACAAGAUUGAAGAAAGAGAGAGUUGUGAGAAUUACGUGGGAAUUAGUAUAAAAUGUUCACAGAUUACAUUUUGUAUGGAUUUCAAUUUACUUUUGUACUUUGACUCUACAGCACACAAUUAUUAUUAUUUUUUUUUUUUGAGGGCUUCUCGACCAGGCAUCACUAGAAGAAUUUCGGCCCCCUUUAGUAGCCAAUCUUUUGUUACAUUCACCCAAUUUGUACAUAAAAUCUAGUUUUGUAGGGUUGGACUGCCAUUGGAUGACGAAACCUGUGUUCUGUUCUCCGAUUGGCACACAUCAUUUAUUCUUGCCCCAAAAUGACAUGAUCAAGUUCUUCAAACACUUACUUAUUCCAUUUCAUCAGUUAUUUCUAUUCCUAAAUAAAAAGGAAAACAACAACAACGAAAGUUAAUUUAUCAUAAAUACUUUCGUCCUGAUAAAAACAACAUCCACAAGUGUCUUUAUUUAAACUUUACUUAAACAUGCACUUAAAAAAUAUUCAAAAUUCAUCUGUUUUGAAAUUAACUCAUCUGAGAAGCACAAACAAAAUGAUUUUAUAUCUACAACAUGACAUAUAUAUUGUAUGUGGUGUAUCGUCAUGGUGCCCAGGUUCAGUAAUUACAUUGUGCACAUCUUUUUUUCUUUAAUGUACAUUCUUAUUCACAUCAUAACCAUGUCUAUAACUUUUCAUUCUUGCCUUUCAAUCAUUUUGUUCAAAUAACUGCUCUCUCUCUAUUUUCAGAUUUGGCAUUUAUAAUUGUAUUCACUUCCUGCUUCUGUUGGCUGCUAGCAAUACACAAUCUACAUUACGUUUACUUUGUUUUUUACUCCAUGAUUUCAUUUUUCUGUGAGUACAUUUUCAAAAUAGUAACUUGUACUUCAGAUAAAAUACCUGAAAUUCCUGAUUUUGUACAGACAUUUGCUUACAGUUAAGCAGUUGGGAUAGCACUAUAAUUGAACAAAUACGAUAAGUAUUGAUAUAAUGCCUUGAACAAUGUUCCUGACUGGAUGGCUGAAAUAAAUGUCAUUCUAUUUUUGGA